GAGGACGAGCCUGUUCCAGGUCAGCUCAAAAUAUCCAGCUUUCUUAAAAUAUUUUGUUGCUUGUGAGGUACUUUUACUGGAGGUGGCGCAACAAAUCAUCGGUAAAAAAGCAACACUGUAAGCCAGAAGCAUCAGCAAGGAUUACAGCCUGUAUUCGAGUACGUGAGCACCAUCUGUUUACUUCGUCUGCUUUUCUUUCUCUCACUUUAUUCUGCACAAGUUGUCUGCACACAUAAAAACUCUACUCCAAGCGGAAAUACAUUUCUCAAUUGUUGGGAGAAAAACAAAUUAGGAGGCUUGGAGAAUACAUAAAUCAGUUGUGCUUUUGAAGAAUACGUGUACGUUUAAAUACGCUGUCCUGAUCGCGUGGAAGCUAAUAUGAGGGAAGAAGACGUAGAAGUUGCCAUAAAAGUUGUGGUAGUUGGAAAUGGAGCCGUCGGAAAAAGCAGCAUGAUCCAGAGAUACUGUAAAGGAAUAUUCACCAAAGAUUACAAGAAGACGAUAGGAGUAGACUUUUUAGAGCGGCAAAUAAGGUUAGUUUUAGGAUCUCUCAGUGCUAGAUCUGUUUAUAAUGAACUCAGUUAAGCAAGGAGUAUUGAUCAAGAUACACUCAAUCAGAAGACGAGACCACUUGGUGAUUUGGCGAUAAACAUCAUUCGUUUUGCAAUUCUUCCCUACAUAUGUAAGCAAUGUUUACGGUCAAAAACUAUCGCAGUCUGUGCGUACGUAGGACUCUGUAUUCUAAACAUUUUUUUAAUCGAUUUGGUUGUGGAUCUUUUGCAGUAUACGAAGCGAAGACGUUCGACUGAUGCUGUGGGAUACGGCAGGGCAGGAAGAAUUCGACGCCAUAACCAAAGCCUACUAUCGCGGUAACGUUAAUUUCUCGUACAUAAAUUUGAUAUAUUUUUAAAUAGUUAAGGAAAAAUACACAAAGCGAUGCCCAGAAUAUGUUUCCAAAGUAAUACCUUUAUGCUAAAGGAACUUUCAGAGGUUUUCUCAAAAAUUGAAUCGAUUGAGAAAGCGCACAAAUAUAAAUAAGCUUAAUCUCAGAUUAGAUUUGCGAUCUAAUGUAGAACUAGCCUGAUAGAAGUGAAGUACAAAAUACAAAAUAGACUUUAAAAAAAAUUAAUAAGAAUUUAAGUAUCCUGGGACUCGUGGUAAAAUAUUAAAAGUUCUUUUAUCCUAAACAUGUUUAAUGUGUCAACGAUAUCACAAUGAAUAACAUUUUAUAGACGUCGUUCCUCGAAGGAAAUUAAUAGUUUUGUUUACGUGGUUAACUUUAUAUUAUUAUUUUGUGCGUUUGUUAACAACUGGGAUGAAAGAUAUGAAAAACAUUUUUCGAAUUCACAUUUUUUCUGAGAUUGUUUUGAAUAACUAUUUGCGAUGUUGGGUAAACUCUUUUUUCCCGCAGUAAAAUGCUUUCGAGGCGUGGAUUCGACCUUUUUGCUGUGGACUAGUGUGAUCACAAAGAAAAUUAAUUAGACGAAGGGGUCGGCUGUUACAAAGAGAUUUCUUUGUGAAUGACUGUUUUUACAUAUAUUGUUUUCUUUGUUUUAUGAAACGUCUUGAAGAGCGCUUGAAACAAGAACACAAAAGGAUUUUCAAACAUACUAUAAAAGUCUUUUCACUUCACUGCUCCUUGUGAAUUUUUUAGAAGAUCCAAGGCAUGUUGAUGACAGGGCCAUUGCUCAUUAUGUAUAAUUUAGGGUUUUAUCGGUUUGAAGCUGCAUUUUUUGUGUUCAUACUGAUGGGCAUGUAUUGAAAUUUAAAAUCUUUCUGACUUCCCAGUGUUUGGACACAGGUCUAGACUAACCUGAUGUCCUUUAGUAUGUUGACGUGCAAAGUAAUGGUUAUUAGGUUUGAGGCACACUGAUUGGCUUGAGGAUGAUAUUAUACAAUGUGCAACGCCAAGGACUUCCUGUGCCAAAAAUAUACUAAUCCCCAACUAGUGCAAUUGAUAAAAAACCAAUAUCAUAUCAGAAAACCAAUGCUGAUAAAUCAAUAAUUGUUGAUGGGGGCAGUGUAAAAUGCAGACUGUGGACUGACUGUGGACUAUUGUUUUUAGGGUUAGAAAACAAUGGGACUGUUGUGGUCACGUACUUAUUUGCAUGGUGAAAACAAUAGUCCGCAGUCUGCAUUUUACACUGACCAAUGUCGAAAAUCACCUUUUUAUUGAUAUCAAUUGUACCGGUCAGUCAACAGAAAUUGAUAGCAACAACUGCUAAAACACAUGGAAAUUUAAGCGCCGAUUAAAAUUGAUAACUUCAAUCAAAAUCAAUCAAAAUCAAUAAUAUUAUCAAUUAGCAACAACUUUGUCAUUUAUCAAUUUUUAUCCAUUUUUAAUUUAAUCAAUCGAUUGUUGACUCUAUCGAUUGCACUACCCAGGAUUAAUUGCAAUUACACCAAAAUAAAGUGACAAAUUGCCUGUGAUGCAAAGAAUUAUUUGCACCAGACAAAAUCUGAUUGUUUACAUGUGCAAGUUUUGCAAUACUCCCAGGGGAAAAAACUCUGUACUUUAGAGCCCUGCAGAGUGGCUACAAAGCUGUAAACAAAUCAUGUUAUGUUCUACGGUAAGAAACAGUUUCUUUUUCAUUGAUAUUUCAUAUAACGACCAUUCAGUUGUGAAUUUGACUACAAGGGUCUUCUCUACAUUUAUGACCAUUAAAUUUUAGUAAACAAUGUCUGAAAGAGCCCCUUUAGAAAAGCGCUGUUAAAAAGGACAAGGAUUAGUAAAAAUUAGUUGCGAGCAGGGCUUUUUUAAGGAUGCCUCGCACAGGGUUCACUCCCUUCUUCCCCAAAAGCAUAAAACCCAGUUCUGUUAAAGAAAUUGAUGCCGAUUUUAUAUCCAAAUAAUGAAAAAUGAAAUAUGUGAUUUUGUCUUAGGAUAUAUAAAAUAUUUUUUUAUUUCAUGAAUAUUAAUUUUUUAGCUUUUUUUUACAUCUCUGUCAUAAAUAUUGUGCAAUUCAGCCCUUGAGCUUCAAGGUGAUUUUCAAACUGCCUACUUUUGUGUUUAUAGGUGCUCAGGCCUGUGCAAUAGUUUUUUCCACUGUUGACAGAGACUCCUUUGAAGCUGUAGAAAAGUGGAGAACAAAAGUAAAGCUUGUUUAUUCAAUUAUUUGUGUAUUUUGCAUUCAGCAGUGCAUUACAGUUACCUGCUGCAUACCCAUACCCAUGGCAGUACAAAAGUUCUGUCCAGUAGCUGUAAAAGUGGUUUCUUAGGCCUGCACAACUUUCCCAGGGACAUAAAAUUUAAGUUUUUCAAGUACUGUAAUGAUUCAAUUUAGCACCCUCCUUUGAAUGUGUUUUUGUUAAUAAGCGCCCCUAUUCUACUAUAGCUAAAAAAAAGAGUAUGGGUACGUAUCAACUGGGGUUCAUCUUCCUCCACAAAUGAAUGGUAAUGCCACAUUACAAAACAAGGAUCCUUUUGAUGGGAUCAAUGAAUCAAACGUCGAAGAUAGCGCACCAGAAAGCUUUUAUUUACGGUAUUGAUAUGAGUGACACUGUCAAAGCUUCCAGCGUAGAAAUAGAUUAAAAUCCGCUCAUGUUAACUGAACAUUCACCGUGUAUUUGUUACUGUUACAAUUUCUGUUAUUGUUCCAUUUUUAAUAAAAAAGAAAUAAGUGCCCUGUCUCAAAUAAGCUCCCUCCCUUGAGGUACCAAAAGUAAAUAAGCACCCUGGCCCGGGUUGCUCGAAGCAUGGUUAGUGCUAACCAGCGUUAAAUACCAUGGAAACCUAUACAUUUUAUACCUCUUAACCAACGGUUAGCGUUAACCAGGCUUCGAGCAACCGGCCCCUGGGCGCUAAAUCGAAUCAUUACGGUAUUUACAAAGACAAAAAUUCUGCGCUAUCCAACAAAUAUAUAGUGAUCCCUAGUCUGGGCUGGGAGAAGUUUGGAAGAAAAUUAAACUAAUAAAUAUAUUUUAACAUGUAUACAUAACUAUUUAGUAAAAUAAUAAUUAUUUAAUGCAUCUCCCUCUGAUACAACAGAAUAUGAAAUGGAUUUCUACCUUUCUGAUGAGUUAUAUAUAAUACAUGCAUUAGAUAAUCUUUUCCACAUCAAGGCAAAGUUGCACAUGAACAUUGGCAAUGCAUUUUUGUUUCAAUCAAAUAUUUUCCCUUUUUAGGUGGAAGAAGAAUGUGGUAGUAUACCUAUGGUGUUAGUACAAAACAAAAUUGAUUUGAUUGACCAAGCUGUUGUUCAAGUGUAAGUAUUUAUUUAUGAACAUAGCUGUUUAUUAGGGAUUGAUUGUAUUUAAAUUGCUAACAAAGUCUGACUGGAAUCCAUGUUAUCCUGUGUAGCUUGCAGGAUUCUUCUACACUGGGUUACUUUCUUGGCGGUGGAGCCACCAUGCAAAGAGAGAAAAUCACACACUGCCAUUUUUCUUAUGAGUUUUGAAUUCCACCCACUUUUGUCACCUUGGUUGGAACUAUUUGAUUACCCAACCAGGAAGCUAAGAGCAGUGUAAAACGAAACUGUCCUUCAAAUGCACUAGGCCAAGCAUGACAAAACAUAGAAGUCAAGAGAAUAAUCACACUCGCAGACAAAACAACUACAUGUAGCGGUUAUUCAGGAUCCAGGAUCUUAAGAGAAAACUAUAGAAACUAAAACCUUUAUUAAAAGGUCAUUUAGUCACAAUAAAAAGCUUAAGGCUUCAAAAGAGGUCAAAGAAAAACCGUUCAAAUUCUGUCAGAGGGAAAGACCACAGGAAAUCAAAGCACAGGAAACACAUCAGCCUCAUGACCUCUUGAUUGGCUAAACUAACAUUUACUAAGUCAAAACGAAGAAUCCUCCACAGCAUACUCUACCCAAUUUUUCUAAGGAGCCAGUUGUCAGCGAACAAGACCUCUUUGAGGGUGAGCUGAGAUGGAUCAGGGAGUCUGCAUCACAAAGGGCAAUAUUGUCUGAUGGGCUUGUUAUAGAGCCAAUUUCUGGUCUUUAAACAGCACAAGUCUUAACACUUUCUGAAUUAAGGAUAGCAGAAAACCUGUCUUAAAUUUGAGACCUAUUUCAGUAUCAAAAAUGCCUUUUGAGGAGUUCAUUGAACCACAAAUCAAAGCAAAGCCUGUUAGCUUGCUCAAUUUCAUUUCAUUUCAUAACUUUCCCUUGGAAGAGACUAGAGAUUUCCAUUAACAUUUGAUUGACAUGUUAUCACCUCUCAGCCAAUCAGAAACUCCUGUCUACGUGGUUGUCAGACUAUGCAAAAUACCCAAGAUUUAGGGCAGGCAGGGUCUUAAUUUUACUUGCCCCAAAUCUUCACUAGGCUCUGCCGCCAAAAAAUUGCAGCACUCACCUGCUAAUCCGCCAGCUACACAGCUUUGCCACUCUCACUUUGCAUGCCUCUGCUUAUUUCAACUUUCUGCUUAUUUUUCAGAGAUGAAGCAGAGUCUUUAGCCAAAAAAUUGAGGUUAAAGUUUUAUCGUACAUCAGUAAAGGAAGAUCUUAAUGUAAAUGAUGGUAUGUGAUGGGUAAUGGAUGUUCUAAAUUAGUUUAUGAUGUAUUGCAUCUGAUCCCAUUAUUAGAGUAAAGAAUUGUGAUGUCUAAAAUAUAAGAAUUGAAAUUAUUGGUUUUGUUGUGACUGUCUGAAAGUAGUACUUAUUGCAGGCCAUAAAUAGUUUCCUUGGACGACACUGUAUAUGAAUAUUUCCAGAUUACAUUUAGUAAUUAUCAUUUUAUUUGACAUGUAGGUAGUGAAGUUUAAACAACAUGUGAAUGUAUUGAAGAUAGAACCAAUAAUAGAGAAGGCAAAAGUUUUGAAAUUAUUAUUGAUUUUUUUAUGCCAUGAGAACCAAAGAAAUGUGUUAUCUCUUAAUUAAUGGGUCUGUGUUACGUGUAUUUCAGUAUUCAUGUACCUGUCUGAGAGAUAUUUAGAAGCAUUACAAAAUGUUGAUGUAGAAGAACCAAAAUCACAGCAACAAAAAAAUGGUAAGUGUUUACUUUGCUUGCUAGGCCAUCAGUCAUCUACACGAGGCAACUACCUGUAAAAAUUGAAUUAAAAAAUUUCCAGAUCUCACUGAUUUAAAUUUAUUAGCCUCUGGUAGUGUAGGCAUUUUUGUUUGCUUGGGUUUCAAAUUCUGACUUGUUCAGGUAAUGCAUUUUGUUUUUGUUUGAGCAAGUUAUAAGCUAGAGGGAUUAAUGUUAUUAUAAUUAUUUAAGAGAAUCCCUCACGCUAAACGACCAGCUUGCAAGGUAAUGAUAAUUAAUUUUUUUUAAACCCAUUCGCCCCUGAGCUACCCUUAAUCACCCGUGCAGACUUUGUCCUCCAACUUGUGUAGAGUGAAGAGAUCUUUUCUUUCAAACCAUACCAUAAUGAGCAGAAUUCAGUUAAGUACACCAGAGGAAAAGGCCAAAAAACCAUGUAGCAUUGACCUGAAAAUUUCCAUGAAAAUCUUGUUCCACUACCCACCUACCUUUCCUUUCCUUUCAUCUAAUCCUACGAUCCUAAAAGCUUUCCUAAAAACUUUUCCCACCAAAGUGAAGCCUACUAAAUGCCCAGCAAGAGAAAAAAAAUGAGGCAAGAAAAGCGAAAAAAGAGGAAAGAGAGAAAGCAAAAAAUAAAACUGCUGUGUCACUUUUAAACCCAAAAACUCUCUUGAAAUUUUGCUUUCUGCGCAUGCCCGAAUUUCACAAGCUAAUAUUUUGCAUCUGGAUCAGAAGGCCAUGAAGUGUACGACCUGGAAACGGCUUUGUGGUAAGUUUUAGCUCUUUAUAGCACAACAGUGACCAGAAAACCACCCGACUAGCUUCAAAACGUGUUUUCGGCAAAAUCUUUAGGGGCGAAUGGGUUAAUUACAGUGUACACUGCUUUUUAGCCAUGCAUAGUAAAGUUCUAUGGAAGUGUGUUGUGUGGUUGCAUUUCUUUUAAAUUGAUUGACCUCUGGUCCCUUUAGAACCUAUCCCAUCCCCCCUCCUCACCUCACCUUAUUUUCCGUUUCUAUCCCCUUUCUAUCAUUUUUUUUCUUCAUUAGCAGGUGCUUUAUUCUUAACUCAUUCUGGAUUUCAUUCCUUUUUUAUCUGCCAGUGGCUGGAAUGUUUAACACUGCAUCACCAGCGAACAAUUCUCAGCCUGGAAAUAACAAUGCACGUGCAGCACAACAAGUAGAAAGUGGAGAUAUUAUUACACUAAAACCUAACAAGCAAAGAACAAAGGGUAAAAAGAAAUUGGCAUGUUCUUUGUUGUAAUGCUUGAAUCCUUGCAAAUUCUGGAACACUUGCACAGCAUCAAUAAUUGAAAUACAGCAGUAUGAAUGUGUGUCAUUAGGAGGAAAGCUGGAAUGACAAGAAUCCUCCAUCAACUGUCAUUAAUUGUCCCACAGGAGACUGCCAAUAAAUGUGAGACAUCAAUUCACUAAAUGGUGAACAUAAUCAGUUUUUGGGACAUAAUAUAUUUACUUUUAAAAUUAUUAUUGAAUAAUAGGCUAUGUAAACUCAAAUAAAAACUCCUUUUAGAUGUUAUGGCAGCUUCUUUGGUGUAUAGAGCAAAAGGAAAUAAAAAAUAAUCCGUUAGGAAGUAAAUUAUAUUUUUAUCAACAUUUUUCCAUUAUUGGUUGGGAACACUAAAUUAGUUGCCAUAAAAUCUAUUUACACUAGUUUGCAGGUGCAUUGGUAAUAUAGAAAAAUUUAAAGGAAUUUCAACAUAAGUGUCUCUUAUAAAAUGUUGUAAGUACAUGUAUAUAUAUCAUGUUGAAAUUACAAGUUUGUACUUCUGUUUAUAUUGGAGAAAACAAGUGUUGUUUUAGGACUCUUUAUUGGAUUUCCUGGGGUAAUUACCAUUUACUUGGGAAAACAGGAAAUUCUGGUUGGAAAAUCAAAUGGCUUGCGACAUUUUGUUUGGGAAGCUUCAGAAUAUAUGGGCUGUGUUUGCAAUGAUGUAAUAUUUUUCUACUCUUUUUAGUCUGCUCAACAGAUUUGGAUAUAAAAGUAGGUUGGGUUUCAUCAUCCGGGUGAACGUAGUCCUGAAUAGGACUGUUGUUGUUGACAGUGACUGAUGUUUCGACAACCUGUGCAGUAGUCAUCUUCAGAGUCAAAAGUGAUUUGGAUAUAGUUUGUAGUGGAUCGUCCUCCUACCACAUCAAAUUCCAUAGUGUUAUGUUUAUGCACAGAAUUUCCACCCUGUGGUUUCUGUAAAUGAUAAGCACCCCUGGAUUCACUUUGAAGAGAAUCUGACACGGAUAAAUUUUGUUGUUACCCAUUCCAAGUAAUAUAUAUUUACAAACGUCAACGGGCUGAACUUUACACCAGCAUAAAAUAUAAAGCAGUACAAAGAAAUUCAGUUUCAUUAUUUUGACUUGCAGUGUUAAAGAUGUAUUCCAUUUUGUGAGAAAGGAAUCUUUACUCCUUGGAUAUAAUGUAAUAGUGAUCAUUUAAAAAAAUUGUCAAUUUUAUAGGAAAAAUCAAGAACCUAGAAGAGAUCUUUGGUUCAGUUAGAACCAACUUCUUUUACACUCAGUCCAUGCUCUCAAUUUCAAGUGGUGAUUGAAACAAUCCAUGCAAGAAUGUGUGAAGGAGCAUUGUUCAGAUUUUGAGUAUAUGAUCCCGAAGAGUUACAACUCUUUAGAAAUCUGCUCCUCUUACAAACAAUGUCAAGUUUACCUCAGAGUUUGUAACAGUCUAAAAAUUGUGACAAUUUUUUACCUAGUCUUGGACAAGAUGGAAGGAGGUAAUACCUAGGCUGUCUAAUCCUUAAGUCUUGCUCUUGGGGACAUGAAGAAGAGAAGCCCUCCUAGGGAUGAGGUUAGGAGGGAGGAGAGGUGGGGCAGGAGUGAAGAGGGAGGAUGCUAAAGCAAAAAUUCCCAUUCUAGACCAAAGUCACCCUAAACUAGAGUGUAGGUGAUUAACGUUUCAAUUCCUAUCUUAAGUUAUUUUAUUCUGCCGUUGUGUUUCCCAGGAAAUGAUAUUCCUUUUAUUUCUAUACCCUGUUAUAGCAAGACUAACCUGCUUACAAACCAAAAUGCUUUGCAGCAACAUGUAGCAUUAUAUAAUUAUUUCAGUAUCUUUCUACUUCUUCCUUGCUACCUAUCCCGAUUUAUAAGCCCUGUUGUUUUUGUGUUAUUAAAAUUUGUUUCGAGAAAAAUUAUUGAGAGUUAAAGUCACUUGAGUGUUACUUUAUCUGUGAUCUCUCUGAUCUUAUUCAACCAACAAGUUGUUGGCAGUUUCUUGCACUUAGCCAACUUAUGUGAAGCCAAAAUGUGGCCCUCCGUGUUCAUUUCCCCCUUUUUAUAAGUAUACACAUAUAGGCAUUCUAACUUUAAUUGGUUAAGAUUGAUUCACAAUAUGAGACUUCAUGAUCUGUUGGACUCAGACUCAUAGGUAAACUUGCAUUUUUGUUUUGGGAUUUUAAGGCAAUCCGUGGACUUCUGGAUUUGUUUAUAACUGGGAUGCUCUGAGUAAAUAAAUAAAUGUUUUAUUUGUCCAGAAAUUGUUCGCAAGGGACUGACUAAUUAGGUGUGAUUGAGGACAGGCCAAUUUAGACAAGACUUAGAAAGCAACUUUAUUCUAUCUCAGGCUUAUGAAUCGGAAUAUCUUUGAAAAGAGUAACUUACGAGUUCAAAGAAACAAUACGCUAAAUCUGGAGUGCUUUAAAAGACGUCCGUGAUCAGUUUUUAGAAAAUCUCAAUUUCUCCAUACAUUUUGUGUAAUUUUGAUACUGUUGAAUUACAGAAAAUGUAUGGGAAAAUCAAGGUUUUCGAAAAACUUAUCACGGACUUCUUUGCACUCCAGAUUUGGUGCAUUGUUUCUUUGGACUCGUAAGUUACUCUUUUCAAAGAGAAAGCAUCAAAUAUAUGAAUUCAAGAAGAAUUAGCUGGCUUUGAAUUCCAAUACAAAUCUUCGAAUUUCCCGCCAUCUUGCCCUGAUUACCCAUGAUGCAACUAUGAGGGUAAACUCCUCUAUUGAAAAGUUAGGGUCGUUAAUAGACCUUGUCACGGUUUUCGACGCCAUCUUGACGAGUGGGCAAACGCGUGAGAAAUUACAGUGUUUGUUAGCCUGAAAUUCAUCCGAUUGCUUCAAGUCGUUUUCUCCUCUCAACAACACGUUACUGAGGAAGUAAUAACGACUCGAAGUAAUCGGAUGAAAUUCAGGCUACAGUGUCGAAUAAUUCCCGUAGAACGGCUGUUCUGAAAAAAAAAAAAGAUUUGUAAACUAAAGCUUCACUCCUAAGGAUUCUCCUGAAAAAAAUAGACGACGAACAGUCUCUCUUUUUUUCUGUAGUACGUCGAGCAAAACGCGAGACACGCAAAGGGCCACGCGCGUGACUGAUGGCACGAGAUGGAAAUUUGAGGGCGUUACAUGCACUAGAAGACCUAGAGCCACUUUUUAAAAUUUUCUAUACAUUUGUCUGUAAGAAAAUCCAGGCAAAAUUACAGACAACUAUACGGAAAAUCUAAAGCAAGCCUCUGGAGAGCACAGGUACGCCCCCCAAAUUUUUUAGGACAAUCCUUUGCUUUGUAGCUUUAGUUUACAACUGAUAUUUUUUUCAGAACAGCCGUUUUACGGAAAUUAUUCGACAUUAGAUUCUCAUACAAACACUGUAAUUUCUCACGCGUUUGCCUCCUCGUCAAGAUGGCGUCGAAAACCGUGACAAGGUCUAUACCUUUAAGUAAUUCUAAUAUUCUUGAAUAAAAAGACAAAACUGAUAUAGCUCAGGCUACGCUACUUACAGAGAAUACAGGGCGCUUUCCAUUCAACCAAAAAGUCCGGUGUGAAUUUUUGGCAACUUUUGGCAGCGAGUAGUUCCAAAAUUUUGAAAAAGAGGAGGACCUCGGGAGGUAUGCCCAACCGACACAUCGAAAAUUCCCGCUGCACCGCGAGAAAAACCUCUGGUACCCAGGAUACCCGGCGGUUUUCUUUCCCUUCAACUUUGCUCGCGGAAUUUCUUGAAUUUUCGGUUGAAUGGUUCGCAUUUCGGAAAUUCAGCAGUUUUCAGAAUUUCUGGAAACUAUUCAGGGAAAUUUCUGAACCUUUGUUACUGCUGACAUUUACGAAAGUUUUGGUUGAAUGAAAGCUAAGGAGCUGGUAUAAAGGCGGAAAAGGUAAACGGAGCGAGGCGCCCUCUUUUUGGGGACGCUGGUCAGCAGUUUCAUUUGUGAUACGUGCGCGGAGUCCUUCAACCACAGGCAGCUCGCGCAUGUCGGUCUCUUUUCGGCUGCCUCCAUCACCAGAGGUAAGCAACAAUUUUUAAGAAAAGAUGACGACGUAUGACCCUUGAUUUUAGGACAAAUAAUAUCUUUACAGAUCUCUAAUACUUCGUUAGCUUCUUGGCUUUCAGAUUGAAGCAAGAUUGUAUUCGGAUGGCCCCAACCAAGUGCUUUAUUUCAACGUCUUCCUAACCAUCACUAAGUUUGUUUUCGUCCUAGAUUAGCCAUGCCUACAGCAAAAAUAGUGAAGCCUCAAGGCGAGCCUGAUGAAUUUGAACAGACAAUUUCCCAGGUAUUUUGUUAGCGUUUUUCAUGUGCUGUCGUUGAAUUUGACACUGCAUCCAUUUCCAUGCUAUCGAAUGCUAGGCCGUUAUACUGUCAGUUUUGUCGACGUUUGGUUGUUCACGUGGAAAAAAAUUAUUCAAUUUUCUUUGCUACAGGCUCUUUUGGAGCUAGAACUGAACUCCACGGAUUUGAGGUCAAGCCUCCGAGAGUUGUACAUAUCAGGAGCGAAGGUAUCGUUUAAUAACUUGCCGUAGAAUAUUUAUUUUAAAUUACACGAAAUGACUCGGUGGUUUUGCUUUGAUCGCUCAUGUUGUCGUUGAAUUAACUCCUCUACUAAGGGCCAUAGUCAAGGUAUCUGGAGUGCUCUAAAGUUUGUUUGUUGCGAACUUUUGAUUAUUCUUUUGUUCAAUAGCUUAACUGGUUCAAAUGAUUGUUCUCCAACUUCAGGAAUCACCAGCAAUUUUAAAGGGGCAUAAAAUAAAGUGUGUGAACUUUCCAGUGAAUUAUUAAAUAUGUUCACUUAUAGACUGAAAUCAUGUUUGCUCAUUUUGUAUGAGGAGAAGUAUGAAAGGACUGCAUGAAUUAACAAAUACAGGGCUACUGAGAAUUUUUAUCAUUUUAAAUCUCAGUAUACGGAUACACUGUACAUGGUUGCAUUACCAUUGCUUUCUUGUUUUGGAAUGUUUUCAAAAGUGGGCAGCAGAUGUUUUGUAGAAGAUUUGUACCAGGCUCUCUUUUAUUUACAAAGCAAAACGAAAAUUGAGCCUGAUCUCAAGUAAGAUCAAGGGGGAGGGGGUGGACAAAGGCACUCUGUGAUGAAAAAAGUUGCCGCCCCAGUCUGACAUUUUGUCAUGAUGAGUGGCCAACACUUGUUUCUGAGAUGAGUUGUCCAAACAGAGGUCCAGGGUGUUGUCACAGAUAUGUGUUGACAAUGUGAUGUAAACAUUCUAAAUAAAAAGUUCAGAACAUGAAGGAUUUGUUUUCGUUCUCCAGACCAGUUUUUGGUAGGUUAAUUGUCAGAAUUUCUGACCUAUUGCUGGUUAUUACUGCUGUUAAUUGUUAAGUGGUUUGAACUCCAUUACAUUUUAGGAGAUAGAUGUGGCUGGCAAGAAGGCUAUUGUCAUAUUCGUACCAGUGCCCCAAAUCAGGCCUUUUCAGAAGAUCCAGGUAUUUAAAAGUUAAUCAUACUGCAUAUUUCUAACUUGCUCUUUUACGGUUCAACUAAUGAUGGUAAAAGCUAUCUUCAUUUGAUGAUAAUUGCAAACAGGAACUAGAAAUAUAACGCAUUCAUAAUCAAUUGCAUUUUAUGCCUUAGAAACAGCUGCAUGUAUAUGUUUGGAUGUAUGUAUAUACUGAUGAUGUGUCGUUUGUGGGAAAACCAGUUGUGGCAUUGCAAAAUGUCUGCUAUUUUGUCAGGCUAACAGAUAAUGAAGUCUUCCUAUUUCUGGACCUUCCAUCUUUGUUGAUAGAGGAAAGACUUCUGAUAUCAUGCAAUGUUGCAAUACUUUGUACACAACUGAUGUCAAAAUUAAUGCAUCUUAUCACAUAAUCCAUAAGAAAUCUAGUAACUGACUGUCAAAAAAAUUUUGAUCUUGACAAAAUACAUGGUAACAAACUUACAGUACUACUGUAAUGCAGAGCAUCUGAAAUCUUAAACACUUGUAGGAAUGUAAUGACUCUUGGUGUUCCAUGUGAAACCCUCUCAACAGUAAUAACAUAGUCACUUGAUAAACCUUUCUUGUACCACAUACUUGGAAUGGGAAAUUUGGCAUAAUUUCCAUUAUUUUUUUGCACCCUCUCAGAGGAGUUGCUCUGAACCAUCAGAUAGUUAUUCUGGUUUGAUGUUUAUUUGGACAUUUUUUAUUCUUUUCCAAUUUAUAUAUUCAAAUUGUAGAGUGUUGAUGUCAAUCCUAUUUUUCUUUUUUUUCUACCAGGGAAGGUAGUGACAAAAAAAAUAUUUUUAACAAUUAACUUUUUUCUUUUCCCUCAAAGACCCGUCUGGUUCGAGAGCUUGAGAAAAAGUUCAGUGGAAAACAUGUGGUCAUUGUUGCUCAGGUCAGUACCUUAGACAAGGAAGAUCAUUCCAUUUAUGACACAACAAAACAUCUGAGUCCUGCAACAACCUUCUUAAGACUACUUUGAUAGUCAACAAAGUUUAGGGCAAAAGACCCUACCACCCCAUUUUUAUUUAUUUAUUUAUUUGUUUCAAUUUUUGAUAAAGAGCAAGCUGCAAUAAUCUAUUAACCCUUCGUCUUCCGGGGUCGCCGAAAUCGGAGCUUCAGGAACGGUGACCAAAGAAAUUUCGCAAAAAAUUGUGUUACUUCCGAUUGCUCCCAAAUUUGGCACACAGGAAGUUAAUAGAUUUAGCCAAUCACCUGCCUAGUUCCAGCCCCUGUCGACUUUUGACCGUCACACACCGGGUUUUCGAAAAUUUUGAAUUUUAUGGCGAGUCGCGGGGAAUCUUUGUGAGCCGGUUUUGCGAAUAAUGAAAGCUUGUAUCGACGAAUGUCAACCAAAUACAACUCAAACAAACUAUUCUGAAGGAUUUUGGAGGAUAACAAGCAAAAUAAACGCGAAAAUCGAGGUUAGGAAACAAUUAGAAUCUGUGCAUGCAAAUCGCCGAUCACCCACUCUGUGCCACAUGUUCUUGAAAUGGCGACGAUUUCCUUCCCGUUUUGCCUUCGCUUCACUUUUCGCUGUCAAAUUCUUGCUUAUUUUGAUGAAUUCUAUCAGCAAAUUCAUGUCUGCUUGUCCCUAACUCGAUAUUUUUUUGGGAAUCGAGGAAACAAAGCGUCUCAGUGAAGUAAACAUGGGGUCACGAGGUGACGCCAAAGGAUUAUGCUAAUUAUGAUAAUCCAAUUAGCAUAAUCAUGACAGCGUGCAGAAAAAAAUUUGUAGAAAAUUUCUAGUCGCUCCAUAUUUUAGAACGAUUUUCGGGUUUUUUUACUUACAUAUUGAUGAAAAAUAUUUCUUGCUACCAUAUCACCCAAAAUAAAGAAGUUUCCUAGCUAAAUGACAUUCUUUAAAAUUUUAAAAAAAUUUUAUGCAAAAUAUGCUUUUUAAAUUUUUUUGUGGUGGAAUAUUAUGGGUUUCCUAUGACCGAAAUAUUUUUUUUUCGAAAGGGUAUUCUUUUCCCUUUCCAAUGAGGUAUAGCUUGAUAUUGAACUGUAAAUAACACCAGAGAUAUGAUUUUUUAAAGUUACAUGGCAAAAUACAUUGAAAUAAUUGGCUGCAGACAAUGAGUUAAGACUGCUAGAAAUCGUUUUGAACAUCCUGAAGGAAGUAAACUUGUCAUCUUUGAUAGUGAUGUGCCAGAGAUAUAGCAAAACUAUAUUUUUUUCCAAACCUGUCAUAAAAAUGUCUGAUAAAUUUUUCAGCCUUAAAAGGCAGGUAAGGUAAUUUCUUUAUUAGUUUUCAACCUUUCACUCUUAAGCUUAUCAAAGUUAGUGAUUUAAGGUGUUUUUUUCCAGUGGUAUUGAUGGAUUUUCCGCUACUGGUCCAAGUCCAAAGUUUGAAUAAGUGUGGAAGGAUCUAUUAGUGACAAACGAGGUCAUUUUGUAGGGUCCAGUUUGUUAUGCUUCUUGUAUACUAAGUUACUAAAAUACUAUAUUUUUUCAGUUAUAAGGCACUGUUGGUUAUAAGACGCACCCCAAACUUUUCAACGCGAUUUUUCUAAAUUUACAAACUGAAAAUUAAGCCAAAAUACCUGGCUACAAGGAACAGGUGGAAUUUUUGACAAUGUUCUCCCUAACUACAACAACAUGCUUUCCAACAAUGCUGAUUACGGCCAUUCACCCGUGUGAACAAAUGAGAAAAAAUCACACCUAUUAACACAAAAAACAUUGUUUUCUAAAGCUGUGAAUACUUGGGUGUCCGUUUUGUUACAUAAACAAGUCAGCUGUCUUGGUUGCAGCAUAUUGACAUCGGUACAUGCAUCAGUAAUAUCAAGAUAAAAGUGACCGCAUAAUACAUGAGCCUGAAUAUUUGUUAAUUAAGUGCCAAAUCUGGUAAAAUUAAGCCCUUGUUUAACAAAAUAACUGUGAUAAAAGACCUCUCACAGUUCUAUUUAACAGAUUAGGGAGCUUUCUUCAGAAAAUAAAGGUUUGGAACAAGCGCAAGAUCGCAGUGUUUAGAAAUGGCUGUAAACAAACCGCCAUCUUGGGUCAAGCACAUGCUCAAAAACUCGCCUGGUUACCAAGCAUCAAAUCAGUAUAAAACAAUCAAUGCCAGAUGAUUUGAUUUCAAUGCAAGAUGAUUUGUUCAUCAUUUAAUACCAGCUUUAGAAGAUUUACAAGCGAUAGCAAAGAAGAGGAUGAGCAGCUGGAGCUUUCGGAGGCAAAAUUUUGUCUUGUUGCCCGAAGAUACUUGGUUAUAAGAUGCAUCCAGAAAUUACAACAGAUUUAGAGCUAUCAAGCAAACUUUCAUUGAAAAAAUGCUGCACCUUAUAAGCAAAAAAACAGUAUGUCACACAUUACAUUGAUUCUCUUUCUGUUAGUUGAAUAGCAAUGUUUGGCAGUAUGGGAAACCCAGUUAUACCCAUUAGGACACUCAGUGAUGAAAAAAUGAUGCCGCUCCAGUCUGACAUUAUUGUCAUGAUGAGUUACUAACCAUUUCUGAUGAGUUGUUCAAAGAAAAUGUUUGUAAACUUGUUUAAUACAAGUUUUGUUAGUAAUAUCAUAGCUUUCCUUUAUAGAGAAGAAUACUCCCAAGACAAACAAGGAAAUCAAGGAAUCAAAAGCAAAAAAGACCAAGAAGGUAGUAAUGUAGGAUAAUUUUAAAUAUAGAGCAUAUUGCUGUUCUAGCGACUCUGGUUUAAAUCUAACCAAAGUUUGAACAAGAUUCUUGUUUCAUAUAUAUAGGAUAUUACGUGGCCAUGUGGCGAUACAAAAUUUUUCUCUGAGUGUUAAAAAAUAUUUCAUGAGUGAGCAUAGCAAACAAGUGAGGUAUUUUCAACAGGAGAAGAGAAAUUUUGUAUCUCCAAGCAGCUAUAGAUGCUUUAUUCUUUAUUUCAAAUUAAAGGUUUGAAAUUGACUACAAAAGCUUACAGUCAGUCGUACGUAUUGAUCAUAGAUCGAUACGUAGAAUUAGAUGAAAAAUCCACCUACCCCAGACAUUUGGAAGUAGUAUAUAAUUUUUUUAUUUUUUUUUUUCUGUUAGGCUAUCCAGUGUCCUAGGUUUGUUUCCCAAUCCCUUGGCUUUUAGUUCCUUUUGUUUUAUGUGGGAGUAGCCAUUGUAGUUUUAAACGCAGCAUCAGUAAAAAUUGUGAAGCCGUAACAGGGCUCGAAAUUAAAAAAAUCCUCAAGUCGCCUUUUGGCGACCAACUGGAGAAAAAUAGUCGCCAGUUUGUAAAUGACACAGUCAGGGCUUCUGAUAUUUCGCGCGGGUCGCAGAGCCACGAAAUUCACAAAAACACGCAAAAUACCGCAAAAUUCGGUAGAAAUCUUAUCAAAUACAUGUCUGUACAACAUGUUUGAAACGUUUGUCAGCUAUUGGGGUUAUUUACUUGCCGUAAACUUGUAAAUUUAUCUUGAAACUUCGUCACUGAAACGUGCAAACAACGUUUCGAAACUACCAGCCGUAAAUUAUGUUGCAAAAAACUGGGCACUAGCCAUGAUGUUAAAGGCUUUGCCAUUGGUUCAUUUCUGGAGCAUAUUCUUGUUGAAAGAGCAAAUGAUGACCUCUGUUAGAAAAACAUAAUAAAAAUGCUGGUCUGGUCAGCCCAAAACCGAUCGAACAAAGUUUUCCCGAAAAUAACCACAAAAUCGUUUUUUUUUUUACCGAUUGAUUUUCGGCUAAGUUUGCCCCAAAAAUUCCCGCAAAAUCAAUCGAUUUUUCUGCGAAUUUGCCCCUAAAAAUCCCACGAAAUUAGACUUUUUUCCCCCGACCUAUCAGAAGCCCUGCAUAGUACGGUGCGAUCCAUCAGAUUUGAAAAUAUUGUGGGUAGAAGUUGGUAUAAAUUUGGAGGUAAACUGGCUGUGUUUAUGCGAUUUGGCACAUUUUUUAUUAUGAAAGCAAGGCAGGAUAGGAUGAAAUGUUUGUUUUAACUUUACUCUUUUAAUUUAAAUCUAAAUCAUAGAGAAAUCUGGCGACUAAACUAGAAUUUUUAGUCGCCAAGCAGAAAAUGUUAAUCGCAUUGGCGACUGUAUCAGUCGCAAUUUCGAGCCCUGCGUAGUUAUGUUUGUUCAGAUAUCUCUGGAUGCUUGAAAGAAGACCUCUCAAUUUUGUGGGUCUUUAGUCGAAGCCAUCUUUUUUUCUACGCCAAAGAUGAAUUUCGAAAGGUGGUCUUUCAGAACUUGUGGUGAAAGCUCAUGAUGAGAUGUUGAAUCAAGCAAGCCAGGGUUUGAUGUCUGAAUGAAAUUCUUGAAUAACUCGACAUCAUAUGCAGUUUUCCUCUUUGUUUUUGUAUUUUCUUGUUCUUCUACAAAUUUGAUCUGUUCUUCAGCUGUAUUCUUGACAAACCACUUCAGCUUGUCUUCAUUUUAUAAUAAACUCAAAACUUAACUUUGACUGGCAAAUAGACCAACGCAAAAACUCCAGAAAGACCAAAUGACAGAAAACCACAAGUGCUUGACAGCGCGUUAAAAUACUCUGGGCUGAUUGGUCAAAAAUAGAAAUGACAUCACUACUGGCAGGAUAGCGCAUUUAUUGGUUUUCUACCAGUCAGUAUAUCACUAACUCUUAUAUAAUAAAAGGGUUUUUGAACAGAGGGCCUAACAAAGAAAACAAUCAUACUGAGCAUAACAUUGAAACCUGGUUCAACUGCUGCACUGCUCCAUGACUGUUCGCACAAAAGAUUAUUUUUAUGGCUUUUGUUGGACACAGUGAAACACCCUGCAAACCAAGAACUGAACAGUCUCUUUAAAAUUGGCUUUGCUGGAUGCACUGAUUUACAAUCCUUUGUUGAUUUCCAGUCGUACUUUGACUUCUGUCCAUGAUGCAAUUCUUGAGGACUUGGUCUUCCCAAGUGAAAUAGUGGGCAAAAGGACAAGAGUUAAAAUGGACGGAUCAAGGUUAAUCAAAGUGUAAGUAAAACAUACAUUAAACAGAAGUGUAAAGAUUGUUGUAUUUGUGAUGAUGUCACAGUUACUGAUAGCCUGCUAGCAAGCUGUCUGGGGUGCUCUGGCGGCAAGGCAAAGAGCUUUUUUGCCCCGCUGCUAGAGUGCCCAAAGAGCUGGCUCACAGGCUACAAUACAGGAGGAAUUUUAAUCAAGGUAUGAAGCAUUUUCCUUUGGAAGCAUAACGUUGACAUUUAGCACUCACUAGGAAAGAAUGUCUGAUACAGUGUUUCACUGCAAGCCCUAAUAAUUUUAUAUCAAGUCAAAGCUCUUUAUAGCCUUACUUAAUUUUUAAUUAUAGUAAAUUGUAAGAGCACCUUCUGUAUUGACUAGCGUUUAUUUCUUCUUUGCUACAGUCACCUUGACAAGCUUCAGCAAACUAAUGUAGAUCACAAGGUAAGACCAGCGUCAUUCAUUCUGUUACUGGUUUCCGUCUUAUUUACUAUUAAUUAAAUUCUUUGAAUCUUGUAUUAUAAAAAGUUCUUGGGUGUCACUGGUUCUUGCUGUUGUUAUACGUGUAUGAUCAUUCAUUCAUUCGCAAGAAUUUCUUUUAUUUGCAUGUAGUAGUGGUCAAAUAUCUUGCUGUAUAGUUUGUCUUCUGUUUGAAUAGUAGAACACUUGCAUAUUCUUUCAAAGACUUAACAAAUCAAUCACCUCCCUGUACAGCAAAUUACAAAAUACUGAACGUCCUACCCCAAGAACUCAGACAACAUUGCAAUUUUGUUUAUUAUAUCUUUUACAAGUUACUGAACUGAAAUUCUUUCUUGUUGUAGUUGGACACAUUCUCCACUGUGUACAAGAAGCUCACAGGCAAGGACGUGGUGUUCGAGUUCCCAAGUUAUGACUGA